GUCUGAGGGUAACUGUGUUACUAACAUCAUCUCUCAUGGUGUUGGGAGCUGGCCUGAGAUGUGUUCCGGUUUCAGACAUAGAAAUUAGAAAGAAGCUGAUUCACGGAGGGCAGCUGUUAAAUGGCUUGGCAGGGCCAACCGUGAUGAACGCAGCACCAUUUCUUUCCACGACGUGGUUUUCUCCGGAUGAACGCGCCACAGCAACAGCCAUCGCGUCACUGCUCAACUACCUGGGUUCUGCUGGCGCGUUCCUCGUCGGACCUCUUGUAGUGCCAUCUCCUAAUGGAACAUCUCACCUCCUGCUGGCUCCACAGAGCAGCACUGACCACAUCAAGGACCGCAUUGAGGCUGUGCUGUAUGCAGAAUUUGGAAUGGUUUCCCUGAUAUUUUCCGCAGCAUUGGCCUACUUCCCCUCGCGCCCUCCGUUCCCUCCCAGUGUGGCUGCAGCGAGUCAACGGCUCAGCUAUAGGAGAAGCUUUUGCAGACUCUUAAGCAAUUUCCGAUUCUUGAUGAUUGCUUUAGCCUAUGCUAUACCACUGGGUGUUUUCUCUGGCUGGUCUGGUGUUCUGGAUUUGAUAUUAACGCCAGUUCACGUAAGCCAAGUAGAUGCAGGCUGGAUUGGAUUUUGGUCUAUAGUUGGAGGUUGUGUUGUUGGCAUAGCAAUGGCAAGAUUUGCAGAUUUUAUCAGGGGCAUGCUGAAGUUUAUACUGCUGCUGCUUUUAUCUGGAGCAACAUUAGCAUCAACCUGGUUCACUCUCACCUGUCUAACUAGUGUCACUCAUCUGCCUUUAACCACAGCUACACUGUACACAUCCUGCAUUUUGUUGGGUAUAUUCCUCAACAGCAGUGUACCAAUAUUCUUUGAGCUUUUCGUGGAGACAGUGUACCCUGUUCCAGAAGGAAUUACCUGCGGAGUUGUCACCUUUUUGAGUAAUGUGUUCAUGGGAGUGCUUUUGUUUUUCCUCACAUUUUACCAUACAGAGUUUUCCUGGUUCAACUGGUGCCUGCCAGGAUCGUGUCUGCUCAGCCUGCUCCUCAUCCUCUGCUUCCGCGAGUCCUACGACAGACUCUAUCUCGAUGUCGUCGUCUCUGUGUGA